GAGGGAAGCAUCAGACACACAGAUAAGUCAAUCCUCCGAGGUAAAUCAAGGAGAAGAUCAUAGCACUGGAUAUCAUUGAAGGACCUUCACAGCUACCUGCAAUGAGACAGAGAAGCGAUUCAGAUGACCACAUUAAAGAGCCACACUGAAGCAGCAUCAAACCUGAGAGUGGAUUACAGAUCAAACACUGGAGUAAAGAUACAAACGCGCAACCAGUGAAUUCAAGUGGACAACAGAAUAUCUGUGUUCCCUCUACAGAAUAAGCGUUGGUUCAGAGUGCUAGAACCUCGGGCUAAAACACACUGGACUAAACUGGAAACCAGAAGGUUGAUCUACUACUGAGCUAAAAACUACUGUUGAGAUGCCAGAGGAAGGUAUGGAGGACAACAAGGGGGGAGAGGAGAGACCCAAGUGGAACAACAAGGCAGAGUACCUGCUGACCUGCAUUGGCUUCGCAGUGGGGCUGGGCAACGUGUGGCGCUUCCCCUACCUCUGCCAGAUUUACGGAGGGGGUGCGUUUCUGAUCCCCUACCUGAUCGCCCUGGUGUUUCAGGGUCUGCCUCUGCUCUACUUGGAGCUGGCUAUAGGACAGAGGCUCCGCAUGGGCAGCAUCGGAGUCUGGAACUCCAUAUCCCCCUACCUGGGAGGAGUAGGUGUAGCCUCAAUGGCGGUGUCCUUCUGUGUGAGUCUGUUCUACAACACUAUCGUGGCCUGGGUCCUCUGGUACCUCUUCAACUCCUUCCAGGAACCCCUGCCCUGGAGCCAAUGUCCCCUCAACCACAACAACACAGGGUACGUGGAGGAGUGUGUAGAAAGCACGCCGGUCAACUACUUCUGGUACCGUCAGACCCUGAACAUCACUCCUAACAUGGAGACCAGUGGCUCUCUACAGUGGUGGAUGGUGGUCAGCUUAGCUACCGCCUGGUCUAUCGUUUACAUCUGUUUUAUCAGGGGGAUCGACACCAUCGGCAAGGCUGUGUAUGUCACAGCAACGUUCCCCUACCUGGUUCUAACCAUCUUUCUGGUGAGAUCCCUGACCCUUCCUGGAGCAUCUGAAGGUCUGAUCUACCUGUUCACACCUGACUGGGAGAUCCUGAAGAACCCCCAGGUAUGGCUGGAUGCUGCCACUCAGAUCUUCUUCUCUCUGUCAGUGGCCUUUGGUGGACUCAUCUCAUUCUCCAGUUACAACAGCCAGAAGAAUAACUGUGAAAGGGAUGCUGUUUUAGUGGGGGUUAUAAACAGUGCUACAUCUAUCUAUGCCUCCAUCCCCAUCUUUGCCAUCCUGGGAUUCAAGGCCCACACCAACUAUGUCACCUGUCUGAAUGGUAACAUCUUAGCACUGACCAAUGAGUUUGAUAUUGGCGACAUGAACAUAACGGUUGAAAACUACGAGCAGUGGUUUGACUCUUUAAAUGGGACACAUCCAUCUAGAGUAUCCGAUCUCAACCUGAAGACAUGCGACCUGCAAACCUUCUUGGAUCAGAGUGCGUCUGGUACUGGGUUAGCUUUCAUCGUGUUCACAGAAGUGGUGAUAUCGAUGCCUGGCUCUCAGGUGUGGGCUGUGCUCUUCUUCAUCAUGCUGUUCAGCCUGGGUCUGUCCUCCAUGUUUGGUAAUCUGGAGGGCGUCCUCACGCCCCUUUAUGACCUCAAACUGGUGCCCAAGUGGAUGCCCAAUGAGCUCUUCACAGCAAUAAUCUGCCUGCUAUUGUUCCUGAUGGCUCUGAUAUUCUGUCUGGGUUCAGGGAACUACUGGUUGGAGAUCUUUAACAGUUACGUGGGCUCUGUACCUCUCCUCAUCAUCGCCUUCUUUGAGAUCAUCGCUGUGGCAUACAUCUACGGAAUAGGACGGUUCAGUGAUGACUUGGAGUUCAUGACAGGACAUAGACCCAACAUCUUCUGGAAGGUUUGCUGGUUGGUCAUCAGCCCCCUGAUGCUGUUCAUGGUGUUGGUGGCGUACGUUGCCGUCCAGGCCCAGACACAUCCCACCUACGCAGCAUGGAAUCCUGACUACGUGAACUUCCCCGACACAGAGGUUCUGCCGUAUCCAGACUGGGUGUUUGCCAUCUGUGUCCUGCUGUCUUCAGUACCAGUUAUCUCCAUACCUCUGGUGGCCAUCUACAGACUCAUCUGCUGCAUGUCAGGAAGACCCUCUGAAGACCGUCUCCACAACGAUCCGAAUCCUUAUGCCAACGAAGACUACGUUGUAGAGAGAGCUAGACCCUAGAAGACACUGUACUUCCUGUUUGAGCUUUUAUUGUAAACGUGAAUCAGGAGGCUAUAAUUAUGGUCAUAUUUGUUAAAGGGACAUUUAAGUCAUUUAGCAGACACUCUUAUCCAGAGCGACUUACAAAUUGGUGCAUUCACCUUAUGACAUCCAGUGGAACAGCCACUUUACAAUAGUGCAUCUAAAUCGGGAGCCAUGUAAAUGCGUUUGUGGUUGGAGUAAAAGGUGACCAGGAAUGUUGUUGCUUCUCGGUGCACAGGUGACAUGCUGGUAAAAAUGUGAUAAAAUUGAUUAGUUUGCCUUCAUUAAAAAUCUUUCGACUA